ACUUCUUGUUUCCUCACAGUGACAGUAAGUUGACUAACUGUUCAAGACUUCUCCCCUUCACUUCACUCUAUGUUGUGUUGGAGAUGGAUCCUACAUCUGUGUCAGAGAGGGAGAAUGUGACACUGACAUGUAGAACCAACUGUACACUGGACCCCAUCACAGUCCACAGUUGGUUUAAGAAUGGACAGCCUAUACCAAACAGCAACACCUCCUCUCCUAUCUAUAUCCUAUUCUCAGUCAGCAGUGAGGAUACAGGCAGAUUAUCCUGUGCUGUAGAAGGACAUGAGUAUCUCCCCUCUGCUGAAGAGACUCUCACUGUCAGAUAUGGCCCAAAGGACACCUCAGUGUCAGUCAGUCCCUCUGGUGAAAUAGUGGAGGGCAGUUCAGUGAAUCUGACCUGCAGCAGUGAUGCCAACCCACCUGUGGAAAACUACACCUGGUACAAGAGGAAUGUAACCUCACCAAAAGCAUCAGGACAGAGUUACACCAUCCAUAAUGUCAGCUCUGAGGACAGAGAGGGAUACUACUGUGAGGCUCUGAACAUUAUAGGGAGAGAGACUAUCCCUGUCCAUAUUAAUGUUAUAUCAGUGUUUUCCUGGGUUCCUGUGGUGGGGGUGGGGGCUGUCCUGACUGCUGGAGCUCUUCUUGUCACCAUCUACUGCUAUAUGAAGAGGAGAUCCACAGGAGGAAGUGAUGCCACAGCAGACACACUGAUUCAGGGACUCCCCUGUGACAAAGCCACUCAGAUAGAUGCUGAGCCCCCGAUUAUGAGAACUGGAGCGAACCACCAAAGAACCUGGAAAGUGACACAGCCCCUCAGAUAGAUGCUGAGCCCUCCGAUUAUGAGAACUGGAGCGAACCACCAAAGAACCUGGAAAGUGACACAGCCCCUCAGAUAGAUGCUGAGCCCUCCGAUUAUGAGAACUGGAGCGAACCACCACAGAACCUGGACUGAAGAGAACCACCACAGAACCUGGAUUGAAGAGAACCACCACAGAACCUGGACUGAAGAGAACCACAACAGAACCUGGACUGAAGAGAACCAC